GGCUAAAUCUUCAACCUACUUAACGAGUGUACAGGUGUUCUACUGAUUUACAUGAGAGUAUUUGACCCUGCUUUGGCCUUUAUAAUUUCAAAACAAAUCAAUGGGCAUUGUGAAAAUAAUAGUUGAUAAGGUUAGAUGUUAGUUUUAGUUUCAGUUAGUGGUUGCAGUUCAACAAUUUUAAAAAGAUUGAUUAUAUGAAAAUGGAUGAGCAAAAUAAUACAAUGAAGAAAAAAACGUUCUGUAAUUGUUACUGUUGUGUCUCCACUUGCUCUUCGAAGAAAGAUAGAAACAAGGACUUACAUUUCCACAGUUUUCCUAAGGAGGGUGCCUCAUCGCUUUAUAUCACUAAUGAUUCUGGCUCAUUGGAAAGAAUGGACCGAAGAAAAGCAUGGAUAACAAAAUUACGGAUACAGAAACCAGUUACUCACAAUAUGCGUGUUUGUUCCCUCCACUUCCAAGAUAGUGAUUAUCUUGCUAUUCAAGCUAUAGGUCUUCAAAAUAUGAAAGCCCCUAGACUAAAAUUUAAUGCUGUUCCUUCCAUAAAUUUACCAAGCAAACAAAAUAUGAGAAAAAAGAGAUUUGUCACUAAACGAAAUGAAGAAGAGUCAGAAAUUUUCGACCUUACAGAAAACGAACAAUCUGUUGUACAUGCCCUAAUGGACUUGAAGACUAAAAAUAAUGAGAAAUGGUUGGAAGCACCUAAAGGUACUAGAAAACCAAAACCUCGUAAUUAUAAGUGUUGUGUCUUCAAUUGUUCUUCAAGUAAAGAUGAGAGUGAAGGUCUGUGUUUCCAUAAAUUUCCUAAGGAAGGUGAAUCAACUGUUAGUGUCACUAAUUCCUCAGGCAUAUUGGAAGAAAUGGACCGAAGAAAAGCGUGGAUUGAGAAAUUAUUAAUAGGAGAGCCUUUUGCUAACACUAAGUGGGUUUGCUCACUUCACUUCCAAGAAAGUGAUUACCUCAACAAAGAUACAGAAAUGCAGAAAAUGAAACCGCGUAGACUGAAACAGACGGCUGUCCCCUCCCAGAAUUUACCUGAAGAACAAUACAUGCAUUUAUCCAAAUUGGGGCUUGAACCAAAUAAUGUGAGGGUGGAACCUGAACCAAAUAAUAUAAGGAUGGAACCCGAACCAAGUAAUGUAAGGAUGGAACCCGAACCAAGUAAUGUGAUAUUGCAAACUAAACCAACUGAAUUAUGGCCAGAAAUGUCCGAAUUGACUGUAAGCGAACAGGCUGUUGCCAAUGCUUUAUUGGACAUGUCUGAAAAAAAUGAAGCAGAAACGUCUCAAAGUACCAAGUUGCAACCAAUUAAUAAUUGUAACUGUUGUGUUGCAAAUUGCCAUUCCAAGAAAAGUAACAACAGGGCUUUACAUUUUCACAAAUUUCCCGAGGAAGGUGCCUCCUUCGUUUAUGCCGUUAAUGAUUCUGGCAUAGUGGAAAAAGUGGAUCGGAGAAAAGUCUGGAUACAAAGAUUGAUGAGGACGAAACCUGUUACUCGCCAUUUAUUGGUUUGUUCUCUUCACUUUCAAGAAAGUGAUUAUCUUUCCAGAGGUCCAGCCCUCCACAGUUUGACAGCCCCUAAACUGAAAAACACUGCUAUACCCUCUCAAAAUUUACCAACACUAGAAGAUAUUAGGAAGAAACUGGCUAAGAGAUGUGUUCCUCGACUUGAAUAUCAAGACCCAAACUUUGAGGAUAAGCUUCUAAAGUGGUUUGAAAAAUCUAGUAGUGGUAGCAGAGCGAAAACAGUGAAAAAGUUGUAUUUGAAAAUAUAAAUGGAGUGUAUGGGGAAAAUUGUGAUGAGUCAAAAAUCUCAAUCUUUUAGGACUAGCAGUUUUUUAAACAUUGUUUCUUCUAGCUCCUAUUUUUUGGGAAUGCUAUAUUGAAUGAGCCAUUCAAUGGACAAGAAAUAUUUUUUUGCAUAUUGUUAUAUGAAAUUUAUGUUCAUAAAAUGUAUAAAUAAGGAUAUUAAAAAUAAUUUAUUGUUUA